ACCCCUCGCUGGUGAGCUUUGGAGGCAAAUAACUGGGUUGGGUUUACCCAUAUACCGUGGCGAGGCACCGAUUCGGUUCGGAGACUCUGCUUGCCAGUGAUUUCUGUGGGUUCCGGGAAGAAGGAGGACGGGAUGGCAGAGAUGAGAGACUGAUUGUGCUAGGCUCCUAACACCUGGUGAAUGAGCGCUGCGGCCUGCUGGGAACAGGACUUCUAAAAGACAGAUAUGUCUGGAAGGUUGUGGUGCAAAGCCAUUUUUGCUGGCUAUAAGCGGGGUCUCCGGAACCAAAGGGAGCACACAGCUCUUCUAAAAAUUGAAGGUGUUUAUGCCAGAGAUGAAACCGAGUUCUAUUUGGGCAAAAGAUGUGCUUAUGUGUACAAAGCAAAAAACAACACAGUGACUCCUGGUGGCAAGCCAAACAAAACCAGAGUAAUCUGGGGAAAGGUAACUCGUGCCCAUGGAAAUAGCGGCAUGGUUCGGGCCAAAUUCCGAAGCAACCUUCCUGCUAAGGCCAUUGGACACAGAAUCCGUGUGAUGCUGUACCCCUCAAGGAUUUAAAAUGGAAAAUAAAGAUGGAUUUGUGUUCUUGUAUAUUUUUGUUCAGUGGCUCAAAAAACUUGUCUUCAAUUGAUUUCGCUAUAUGCUUAAAAUGAUGGAGGUUUUUCAGCAUCUUCAAAGUACAAGGAAAUCAGGGCUAUAUAUAAUGGACAGUAUGAGGCAGUUACAGGGAUUUAGAAAGUAACAGGUUAACAUGAAUACCUUAAUGGGCAUUUUUGGAGGAAAUAAAUAUGAUUUGGGGAAA